AUGAAUCCGCUCUUCAUCCUUGCCCUGGUGGGCGCUGCCGUUGCUUUCCCUACUAACGACGAUGACGACAAGAUUGUCGGGGGCUACACCUGCGAGGAGAAGUCCGUGCCCUACCAGGUGUCCCUGAACUCGGGCUACCACUUCUGUGGGGGCUCCCUCAUCAAUGAUGAGUGGGUGGUGUCUGCUGCCCACUGCUACAAGUCCCGCAUCCAGGUGAGGCUGGGUGAGCACAACAUCGAAAAGCUGGAGGGGGUUGAGCAGUUCAUCAACUCGGCCAAGGUCAUCCGCCACCCCAACUACAGCAGCUGGACCCUGGACAACGAUAUCAUGCUGAUCAAGCUGGAGUCAAAGGCCGUCCUCAACACCCGGGUGUCCACCGUGGCGCUGCCCUCGGCCUGUGCGCCUGCAGGCACCGUGUGCCUCAUCUCUGGCUGGGGCAACACCCUCAGCUCGGGCGUGAAUUACCCCGACCUGCUGCAGUGCCUGGAUGCCCCCCUGCUGAGCCAGGCUGAGUGCGAGGCCUCCUACCCUGGAGAGAUUACCAAGAACAUGGUCUGCGCUGGCUUCCUGGAAGGCGGCAAGGACUCCUGCCAGGGUGACUCUGGCGGCCCCGUGGUCUGCAAUGGGGAGCUACAGGGCAUUGUGUCCUGGGGCUAUGGCUGCGCCCAGAAGAACAGGCCCGGUGUCUACACCAAGGUCUGUAACUACGUGAACUGGAUCCAGAACACCAUUGCUGCCAACUGA